AUGUUGCGUUCUCCUCAAGAAAAAGGUGCUGGGGAUAGACUUGGCAGGUCUCUGAUUGAUAUUGAAGAUCCCUGUGAGGUGUCACAAGAUAAUAUACGUAAUCCGUAUGACAGGUCUGAAAUUUGUGCUACUUCGGUAAAAUUACCACAAUUUUGGUCUAACUGUCCUGAAGCAUGGUUCGUGCAUGCCGAGAUGCAAUUUGCUACAAAGGGAAUUAGUAGGGAUUCGACCAAGUACGAGUUCGUUAUAACUGCCUUGCCUCAAGAAGUUAUUGCGAAUGUACUUGAUGUUAUACAAAAUCCACCUCAGACUGAGACUUAUGAAAAUUUAAAAAAAGUUCUCAUUGACCGACAUUCUUUAAGCGAGCAGAGAAGACUUGAUAAAAUUCUGUCAGAUACUGAGAUAGGGGAUCGCAGACCUUCCGAGUAUUAUAGGACCCUUGGUCAGUUAGCGGGUAGCACUAUAGACCCGAUUUUCUUAAAAAAUAUUUGGUUGCGGAAACUACCUAAAAGUUUGUAUGUUGCAUUAACCAGCGCUAAUUUAAAUAAUAUUAAUGAUCUCUUGCAACUCGAAGAUAAAAUUUGGGAAAUUACCAGUGGUAGUGAAAUUUGUGCUGUUAAAAGUAAAGUACUUACUUCUUCAAAUAAUUUUGAUGACUUAGGGAAAAUUGUGGAAGAUUUAGCGAAGGUUACGACGAAAAUGUGUGAAAGUUUUAAUCGUUUGCAGUUGGACAUUAAUGAGAUUAAAACGCAAAUAUAUGAUAGACCAUCACGAUCAAGAAGGAGGUAUUUUAGUAAUAAUAAAAAUUCCCAGUCACGUAGUAAGUCUCAAUCUAAAAAUUGGGUCUGUCGGUACCAUUUCCGUUUUGGUAGUAAAGCACGUAAGUGUGAAGAACCGUGUGCCUUUAAAAGAAAUAAUUCUGACUCGACAAACUAG